UUUCAGUCCUGGCUUGGCGCCUGUGGCUCAAGCGGCUAAGGCGCCAGCCACAUACAUCUUAGCUGGCGGGUUCGAAUCCAGCCCGGGCCCACCAAAUAAUGACGGCUGCAACCAAAAAAUAGCCAGGCAUUGUGGUGGGCACCUGUAGUCCCAGGUACUUGGGAGGCUGAGGCAAGAGAAUCGCUUAAGCUCAAGAGUUAGAGGUUGCUGUGAGCUGUGAUGCCACGGCACUCUACCCAGGCGACAACUUGAGGCUCUCAAAAAAAAAAAAAGAAAAAGGGAGGGAUGAUCGGUGGCGGCGGGAAACGGAGGCCCGCCGGGCAGGGGUGGCAGGUACCGGCCGGAGGGCUGCGCGGCCGGUAGGGCGCUCUGGGUGGCAGCCAGGGCGCCAAGGAGCAGCACGUUCCCUACGUCUGCGGUUAUUGAGCAUCUGCUGUGUGCACGGGAGCUGUGGUCUGGGCAGCUGCCGGCUCUGCUGGGGCUGGGCUGGGCAGUAGCGAAUGAGCGUUUUACCGCACUUGUUUUGUUCCGGGUUGUAAUAGUGCUGUGUACACACUGAAGGACUUAACGCAUCCCAAGCUGUUAAGGAAUACUUAAGUGUGAAAAACAGUUGAUGUGAAGAAGAGUAAAUCCUGUGAAGCUGAUGUCUCCAGUGACCUUCGGAAAGAAGUAGAAAGUCCUUAUAAGCUCUCUCUACCUGAAGAUUUCUAUCACUUCUGGAAGUUCUGUGAGGAGCUUGAUGCUGAAAAGCCAGCUGAUUCACUUUCUGCAAGCCUUGGACUUCAGUUAGUGGGUCCUUAUGAUAUCCUUGCUGGAAGACAUAAAAUGAAAAAAUCAACAGGCCUGAAUUUUAACCUUCACUGGAGGUUUUACUAUGAUCCUCCUGAGUUCCAGACCAUUAUUAUUGGAGAUGAUAAAACUCAGUACCACAUGGGGUAUUUCAGGGAUUCUCCUGAUGAACUUCCUGAAUAUGUUGGUAUAAAUGAAGCAAAGAAAAGUUGUAUGAUUGUUCCUAGUGGAGAUAAUGUGUUUGCUGCAGUCAAAUUAUUUUUGAUGAAAAAACUUAAAGAAGUAACAGAUAAAAAGAAAAUUAACCUCUUGAAAACCUUAGAUGAAAAACUCACAGAAACAGCCAGAGAACUGGGAUACUCACUGGAACAGAAAACCAUGAAGAUGAAACAGAGAGAUAAAGUUGUGACAAAGACCUUUCAUGGUGCAGGCUUGGUUGUUCCCAUAGAUAAAAAUGACGUUGGGUACAGAGAGCUCCCUGAAACGGAUGGUGACCUCAAGAGAAUUUGCAAGAAAAUAGUUGAGGCUGCCAGUGACGAGGAGAGACUGAAAGCUUUUGCUCCCAUCCAGGAAAUGAUGACCUUUGUGCAAUUUGCAAAUGAUGAGUGUGACUAUGGCAUGGGCCUGGAACUGGGGAUGAACCUCUUCUGCUGUGGUUCCCAUUAUUUUCAUAAAGCUGCUGGCCAGCUUUUACCUCUUGCAUAUAAUCUUUUGAAGAGGAAUCUGUUUGCAGAAAUUAUUGAAGAUCACCUGGCAAACAGAAGUAAAGAGAACAUAGACCAGCUUGCAGCAUGAGUGGGGUGGCUUUGUUUGGUACAUGGUUAUUUUAAAGCAUUAGUAUUAAACUUGUGAUUUGUUUUUAAGUAAUAAAUUUAAAAAGUAAAUUAGAAACAUUUACUAAAAAAAAAAAAAGAAAAAGAAAUUUCAGUCCUACUUUAACUGCAAAACCUUAAGAAGUAUUGAUUGGAAUAGGGGACCUUGUUUAUGGAGUCUUUGUGUCUCCUGUUUUCCUACUCUUACUUGUAUUUAUUCAACAAAUAUUUUUGAUGAUUUGUUUUAUGCUUAGCGGCUUAUGUGUGCUGAGAAUAAUAAAGAAUAAGAAUAGGGCGGUGCCUGUGGCUCAAUGGGAUAGGGCGCUGGUCCCAUGUGCUGGAGGUGGUGGGUUCAAACCCAGCCCCAGCCAAAAAAAAAAGAACAAGAAUAAACAGAACAAAGGUUGUUUUUGGUUUCAGGGUUCAUUAUAGGUUAGGACAAAGGAAUAUGUAAGUGGGACCAGUUAGUACAUACUGUUUUAAUCUAGGCAAGCUAAAAUGGACUGUUGGAUUAGGUUGGUAAGAGUAGAAAUGGAGAAACGUGAGCUGGUUCAAUAGAUACUAAUGGAAUGGAAUCAGUAUAUCUUUGUGAUGUUUGGAUGUGAGGGAUAAGAGAGUAAUUAAAACUUUCUUUCCUCAUUACACCUAUAAAACUGUUUGUGUCAUUGACUGAAGAAAAUGGAAACUAAAGUGAGUUGAGGCUGGGACGUAGAUUGAUCAUGAGUUCAGUUUGUUGUUUUUUGUUUUUUUAUUCAGAGAUGAGGUCAUAUUGUAUUGCCCAAGCUGGUCUUGAACUCUGAGUUUAAGAGUUCCUCCUGCCUUAGCCUUCUCCCACUCCCCCCACCCGCAGUAGCUGGAAAUACAGGUACACACCAGUAUGCCCACCUCCAUGAGUUCGGUUUAUACGCGUUGCAUUUGAGAAGUCUUAAUAACAGUUUUAAGUUAGAAAUAGGUAUGUGUGUUUGGAGCUUAGUGGAGAGGUCAGUUCCUUUAGAAUGUUGACAUUACCCAUACAUUAAGGUAGGUAUAGGAAUGGUGAGGAAGACAUCAUUAAUGUCUUUAAUGAAUGAGGAAUGUAAUUAGGGUGUUUGUUCAAUGGCACAAUGAAGAGAGUUGGAUAGGGCUUUAGUUAAGUGGUUUAGAUGUCAAAGGAAUAAAUAGUGCUUUAUACAAGAGGGUGGGUUAGGGAUGGCCUGGAAGUAGUCAUGGGAAUAAAGAGCUCACUUCUUCACCCUGAAGGAUCUGGGAUAAGCAUAAAUAAAUAGCAUUUGAGAGGGCUUAGGGAAAGCAGUCUCAUCAGGAGAGAGCCAGUUUUCAUUAAUUCAAGGAGGUAAAAGGAGUAGUUAAGGAUAUGAAAAUCUGUACAAUGGAAAGGUUUAGAAAAUGUUUCAGAAUAUAUAUUUCCUUUCCUUGGUAAUUAUAUUAUGGAACCAAGUUUUAUAGAUUUAAAUCAACUAAUUUCACAUUUCUUGGAGUAGAUAAAAUUUUCAUUUCUUUUCCCAUUUUACUAUAGUUUUUACUUCCCAACAUUUUCUGCUUCUUAUAUAUUUAUUUUUCUA